AUGGGUUAUCACACAGUUAACUUUGUUCCAACCCUUCGUCAUGCUACCUACCCAUCCAUUGCCGAGACGAACCCUGAAUUAUCAGCAGAUGGUAAAGUAGUCUUCAUUACGGGAGGUGGUCAAGGCAUUGGGCGACAAAUUGCCAAGUCUUUCCUCACUGCUGGGGCCAAAGGCAUAUUCCUUGUUGGACGCAAUGAAUCGACCUUGCAAGAUGCAGUUAGCGAGCUGAACAAUUUGCAAAAAUCUACAGUUGACAAAACGACCUUUCACUAUGCCAAGGCCGACGUUACAGAUGUAGAUGCUGUUGCAUCCGCUUUCAAACAGGCUAUUGAAGUAUUUGGUCAUAUUGACAUAUUGAUCCAGAAUUCUGGUUACCUUGAUGAUCACCGUUCUGUAUCAGAGUCUGACCUCGAUGACUACUGGAAAACCUUUGAAGUUAAUGUCAAGGGAGGUCUCAUUGUCAUUAAAGAAUUCCUGAAGCAGAGCAAAGCUGGCGACACUGUUAUUAACAUGAGUUCUGGAGCUGGGCAUCUUCCCCACAUCCCAGGAUACUCAGCCUAUUCGGCAUCUAAACUUGCUUUUGCAAAAAUCAUGGAAUAUGUGCAACACGAGAAUCCUGAUCUGCGAGUCUUCAGUAUUCAACCUGGAGCUGUUGAGACCGCGAUGCAAGCCAAAAGUGGUCUUCCGGCAUCUUACUGUGUGUGGUUAGCUGGUUCCAAGGAUGCAGACAGCCUGAAGGGCAGAUUUCUCUGGACAAAUUGGGAUGUUGAUGAACUGAAGGACCGCGUGGAUGAGAUUAAGGAGAAGAAUCUUUUGAUUCAUGGGCUGAACGGCUGGUAA